AUGCCCACCAAGACCGGUACAAGCAACAUGGGCCCUUCGGCUGUCUCUUCCAAUGGCUCGAGCAGUGCCAGCAGCGGUAAUUCUGAACCCGACAGCACGCCCUUUCCUCUACCAAAGUUCGACAAACCUCGGCCACACGUAUGUGAGACAUGCCAGCGCUCAUUCGCCCGCCUCGAACAUUCGAAGCGACACGAGCGGUCACAUACCAAAGAGAAACCGUUUGAAUGCCCACAGUGCACUCGUUGCUUUGCGCGGCGGGACCUGAUGUUGCGACAUCAGCAGAAGUUGCAUCAGCAGGGCGCGACUCCCUCGCGGCCACGCUCCGGUCGGAGGAAAAGUACGACCGGGCUGCCUGCCAACAGUGCCGCCAGGGUACGGAAGGACUCCGUCGCAAGCAGUGUCGGCGGUCCGUCAAGCGCCAAUUCCUCUCUGAAGCCCCGCACAAACACGAUCAGCCAUGUUGAUCCCGCUGCGCUGAACAGCCUCCUCACAUCCCACAACGCCUCGCUUGGCCACGGCAGUAACCCCGGCCAUUCAGAUCAUGCAAGCCUAUCUGGAUUAGGAGAGCCUAGCGCGUACGAUUUCCGGAGCAUGUCAAGCGUUGGUGGUGGUCAUGGACAGCAUCACGGGCUACCGAAUCUCGACACCCACCUCGGCUUCGGCAUGGGUGGCAGUCUGCAGACGGCACCCAUACUAAGGGUUGGUUCAGAUGAAUUCGAGUCAGAGCCGUAUUUUAGUCCCUCUAGCUCAACGAUAAGUCCAAAACAGUUGCAUCAUUUCAAUGCAGGCAAGGGGAACGCGCAGUCGCCGUUCAAUAUUUUCGGGAAUCCGUUCGCAGCAAAUGCUAUUGACGAAGACGGCCUCCCACGGAGUACUGGCCUAGACAGCUCGAUUAUCUUCCCAGAGCCCAACGGUGCUGUUGGCGGCGGAGCUUCUCCAUUAGCAAUAAGUACCACGAGCCAAAGCCGUCUCAGUGAACUUAUGGUGGAUGGUUCGGGGCAGACGUCGGGACAGCCGACGUCUGCACCCAUGUGGCACCAACCAUUAGUCAGACACGCAACCAUCAAUCCCACAGGUCACGCCACAAACGCUAUUCCGUCGGUGUUUGCAGAGUUUAUGAUGGACAACGAUAUAGUGUCAGCCAAUGAGCUGGCAGAUUCAGGUGUGCCGGCUGAUUUCUACAUGUCAACACGCCCAGCCUUCUCCACCAUGAGCCCUACCGCAGGUAUCCCGGUGUAUACUUAUCAGCUCUAUACCGCCGGUGGCUUUAAUCACGAUGGCAUGUUGGGUGGAGGCGGCUGCCUAAUCCUUACCAUGGCAGCCAUAAGGGCCCUUUCCGAGUUCGAACAGUCGUCGCCAAAGACCUCUUUGAGUCAGUAA